AUGGGAGGUAACAAAAGGAAACAAAAGUUUCAAAAGCCAAACAAAAACAAAGAUUAUGGAAACAAGUUAAAGCUUAUCGUAUCCGGUUUCACAGGAACAACAACACAACUUUCUUCGUUCUUUUCAUCGAACGGUAUCCAUGUGAAUGUGAAGUUUAUAAGUGAAACAGGUGGCAAUUUUCAAGUGAAUCUCAAAGACAAAACCACUGCCAACAAUAUUUUAGGGUUGAAUGGUAUUUUGUUCAACAGUCAAAUUGUCACAAUUUCGAUGGUAGACAACAGUGCACCGUCCGUUAAUUUCAAUGAAAUGGGCAUGAAACUUGUAGACAAAUAUUACUCGACAAAUGACCAAUCAAUCAAUUUGGACAAUAUUCAAAUGAAGGUCAAAGACUUAGGGUUUAAUAAACAAGUUGACUCAAUUGUUAUAACAAGAAUACUUGAUGGGAUUUCUACAAUUAAACCCGCCAUACAGUCGAUCCAUUUCUGCAACAACUCGAUCUCAUCAUUAUUAGGAUUCCAAAAAAUCAUUGCAGUAUUUCCAGCACUGAAGUCACUUGACUUCAGAAACAAUUGCAUCAAGCAAUUGGACCAACUUGAUUAUAUCAAAGACAUACCACUCGAAGCACUUUCAUUAAAUGGAAACCCUAUUCAGAACGAGCCAAAUUACCAUUUCCAAAUUCGUACACAUUUCAAAAAUUUACAAUUCCUCGACUUACAGAAUUUUACUUCGAUGUUCCGGUUUCCCGUGACGGUUAACACGUAUAUUCCAGACUUACAGAUUGGAUACUUUGCAAAUUACAGUGAGUUCUCGAGUAUAGAAUCUUUCAUUAAAAAUUACUUCAAUCUCUUUGAUACCGAUCCAUUAAGUCUUUCAUCAUUCUAUACAAUGGCUUCUGUGUUCUCGUUCACAGCCACAAAGCAUUUAAAAGAGGUAUCAGAGAUGAACCGGAAUCACGUAUCACACUUUGCGCAGGACCAAUAUGCCAGUCGACUUCUCUGUGGUUCGAAAAUAGCGCCUUUUUUUGCCAACAAAUUCAAACCAUGUGUCCAUAACCUCAAUGAUAUCAAUUUCGACUGCUUCUCGCUUACUUUACCUUCCGGCCUUCAACUCGUUAAUGUAGUUGUAUUUGGGAAAGCCAAAUACUGUGAUAGAGGGACAUCGAACUUCUACCGAACGUUUAUCUUGACAAUGGAUGGGAAAAUUAUUAACGAGCAAUUGUUCAUUUUCAGCGGUGAAAAUCCUUUUGUUGUUGGCAAGCAGACAAAAGAAGCAAUGGCUGCUAUCAAGCAAGUCAGUCAGAUGACACAAAUUGAUCCAAAUUUCACAGUCCCGUUCUUAAAGAGAACUAAUUACGAUACACAAAGGGCACUGGGGUAUAUUAAUAUGGUCGUCACACUUGUUCAGAGACUUGGCAUUACUCAUGCUGAGGCCUUUUUUGUGUGUGAUAAACUCCAAUGGGAGGAAGGGAUCAUAAUAGAGGCUGUUAACAAGUUUGGGAAGAACCUGUACCAGGGAGUGAAGGACCUCCAAUAA